GUUCUUACAAUUAGUGUUUUGUUUUUGAAUUCGUCACCCGCCGUGCAGCGAUGAGAUCCAAGCCGGUGGCUAGAAGAUUGGCACAGGGAAGCAGCGACGAAGGCGAGUCGACGUCGGGCACGCCAGCCGGAGGAGGCACGGGGGGUAGCGGGGAGAACCAGGAAAUGGAUGAGAACGGUACGAUCCGUGGCGGAAGCAACAAUUCCGCCAGCAAUCUGGUGUACAGGGAUCUGAAGACCCUUCACCCAUCUAGCCACGACGUGUCCUCCCAGGAUUACAAUCCGCAAUCGAGGCCGUAUCAGCGUGGCUACUCGCCAGCCAUGGACAAGCCGAGUUACGAGAAGGAGCAGCACAGACCGCCCUCGUCCAGGGACCCCGAGGAGAAACCUUCCUCGUGGGAGUACGGGGAGAAAACCGAGAGAAAGGAGUACUCGAGAUCGCGGGAAAGCCUGUACAGGAGCGAAGCGUAUCAGGACGCGACGAAGCAGGAGCAGAAGGAGCACGCGAACCGCGAAUGGGUAUCACCGGUGCCGGAAGUGGAGGUGGGCGGCUCGGCGCCGGGCGGACCUCAGGUACGAGCGCGCAAGGACAUUCCAAGGGGCGCCAGAUUCGGCCCUUUCCUCGGCAAAUGGGCCAGCGAGCCUUUCAACCCCCGUUACGCGUGGGAGGUUCGUACGGCUGGAAGCGGGGUGAGGGGGUGGUUGGACGCAUCCCACGAGACGAAUAAUUGGUUGAAGUAUGUUCGAAGCACUAGCAGCCCUCACGCGGUUAACAUGCGUCACGUGCUCAUUGGUGGACAGAUGGUGUACGAGGCGGUGAGGGACAUUGCGGCGGGUGAAGAGCUUCUUCUCGGUGUUCGAGAACCUCUUCAACUUCAGGACAUGCUCGGCGAGAAUACGACCGAGGAUCGAAGCGACCGAGAGACCGCCUCGCAACACAGUGGAACCGUAGACGAGGACAAGGAGGACGAGGAGGAGGGCGAGACUAGAUGCACCGUCUGCGACAAACCGUUUCAAGAUAUCGAAUUAUUGGACAGUCACCUGAUAACCUGUCACAGAUACCCGGCGGAGCAGCAUCGGUGCGACAAUUGUCCCAGAGCGUACGCCUGGCGACCGUUGCUGGUACGCCACCGAGCGAUCGUUCACGGUGAUCUUCGAAACUACCCUUGCGAGAAUUGUCCGAAGGUCUUCACGGACCCGUCCAACCUUCAGCGCCACAUCCGGACCCAUCACGUGGGCGCGAGGAGCCACGCGUGCACCGAGUGCGGCAAGACGUUCGCGACCAGUUCCGGCCUCAAGCAGCACACCCACAUCCACAGCAGCGUGAAACCGUUCCAGUGCGAGGUCUGCUUCAAGGCGUACACCCAGUUCUCCAAUCUAUGCCGGCACAAACGCAUGCACGCCGAUUGCCGCAUGCAGAUCAAGUGCGUGAAAUGCGGCCAGUCGUUCAGCACGGUCACCUCCUUGUCCAAGCAUAAACGAUUCUGCGACUCGACGCCACCUACCGGCCCACCAGGCGCCAUGCCGCAAUUGCCCACCCCGGCCCCCAGCCCUUUCCUCGUUUACCCCAGACCCCCGGUCAGCCUCCCCGGAGGUCUGCCCUUCUACCCGACCAGCCUGAUGGGCCCUUAUCCAGGAAUCUUCCCCAAUGCCCCCAAUUUCUUGAACACCCCCCUCCUGUUCCCGCCCAAGGUGGAGGAAGCCGAGAAGAGGAGCGAGAGCCCGAAGAAGGAACGCUUCACGCCGCCGAGGGUUCUGCCGCAGCACAGCAAAGUGUCGCCGUCCACCGCCGAGGAGGCGACCUCCUCGUUCAGACCGUCUCCGGCCAGACCGCCUGUCCAACCGACGCCGGAGAGCGACGACGACCCGUCCAAGAAACGGGAGAUCGGGAGAGCGGGCAACGAGAAGAAACCGGACCCCGAGCAUACCGCGUCGACGACCACCGCGUCGUCGACGAGCGUCGAGGAGACGACGGAUCAACCGUUGGAUCUGAGAGUGCAAACGAAGAAGCAGAGUUUCUCGAGCGCGACGGCCGAGAGGAAGCAGCCGAGCCGCAGCCCGUCGCCGACCCCGGCUCGGGUCGAGGACGUUCCACCGCCCCCCGACCCCCCCAAACCGGAGGAGGAGGGGGCCGCCUCCGUGCCGAUGGAGGUCGAUCCCAAGGACGUGGCGAGCAGCCCCCAGCUGAGGACCAGCCUGCCCGCCGAGCAACCGCCUACCAACACCCCGCCGCACAUGGCGUACCCAAGACCGAUCCACCCUAUGUUCCUCGAGGCGAUGUACCGCGGCCCGACCGGCUCCUUCCCCGGGUUCCCAGGCGGGCCCCCGCCCCCGGGUGGCGCCGCGCCCGAAUCCAGGCUGCUGCCGCCCCUGCCACCCUUCGGACCACCCCGCGGCCUUCCUUUUUUAGGGACGCUUAUGAACGGGCUCAGCGGCGCUAGGCCCGGAGGCGGAGGAUUCGACCUGCUCGCCAGGCCGCCGCUGGGGCCGUUCCCCGGCGUGAAACCGUUUCAGGAGGCGGUGAUCGCGCCUCACCACCACCACCACCACCACCACGCCCACGGUAAAAUGAAGGAUCGGUACUCGUGCAAGUUUUGCGGCAAGGUGUUCCCCAGAUCCGCAAACUUGACCAGACACCUGCGCACCCACACGGGCGAGCAACCGUACAAGUGCAAGUACUGCGAACGAUCGUUCAGCAUCUCGAGCAACUUGCAACGGCACGUGAGAAACAUUCACGACAAGCAGAGGCCGUUCAAGUGUCCGCUGUGCGAGAGAUGUUUCGGCCAGCAGACCAACUUGGACCGGCACCUGAAGAAGCACGAGGCCGACGACGGGAGCGGUGUCGUUUCGGUGGCCGACUCACCCGGGAGCAGCAACGAGAACGAGCGCGAGGACACUUACUUCGACGAGAUCAGGUCGUUCAUGGGCAAAGUGACUUACGGGGGCGAAGCUGGUUACGGAUUGCCUCCCCAUCCGGCCUAUCUGCCCAGCCGGCUUCACGAGAUGCACGAGUCCAAGAUGGAGACCGAGUACGACGAGGACGAGGACAGCGAGGAAGGCGUGUCCCCCCUGGACGAGACGGAUGGCAUGUCCCCGGCCGAGACCAAGGAGUCGACAACCCCGCCGCCCCAGUACGAUCUGAAGCUGAGGGAGAAGCAGGAGCUGCUCAACAACAACACGGCGGAACCCGUGAUCGAGAUCUCCACAUAG